CUGACAAAUUUUUCACAAAAUAUUUAUAUGUAAUUUUUAAAAGACAUCCUUUUUCUGAGAGUUGUUUUGGUAUUUGCCCAAUAUCAUUUCGUUCAAUUAAGUGUGGUGUAUUCAAGCGAAUCGCGCACGGUCACUCUGGCCGCCGAGUUUGUUUACGCCGUACAGCGCACGGACUGCAGUUAGUAGGCCAACAACAAGGCGCGAGCAUAAACAUCGAUACCAACAACAUGGCCGGCUUCGUGGCUGUGCACACAGGGGCUGGGAACUCCAUCGACGAGACCAAGUACCAGCGGGUGAUCAAGGAGGCCUGCCUGCGGGCCACGGACAUUCUGCGCAACGGAGGAUCCGCCGUGGACGCCUGCGAGGCGGCCAUUGUCCGGCUGGAGAACUGCGGCUACACAAACGCCGGCUACGGCUCCAAUCUCUGCAUGGACGGCUCCGUGCAGUGCGAUGCGGCCAUAAUGGACGGCUCCACGCUGAACUUUGGGGCCUGCACUAAUGUCAGCCGGGUGAAGAACCCCAUCCAGUUGGCCAGACGCAUCUGCGACGCCCAGUCCAGUCCACAGCUCCUGGAGCGCAUUCCACCAAUGAUCCUCGCCGGCACUGGUGCGGAAAGGUAUGCCGACGAGGUGGGCUGCUCUUUGGUGGACCCCGCCGUGCUGAUCUCAUCGAAGGCCACGUUCCAGUUCAAUCACUACAAGAGCAAGUACGAUCUGGUGGUGAACAGCCGAAUGGGCAAGUCGGCCGCCGAGGAACCGGUGGUCGUGCCGGAGCCCGGAAACGAGGUGGAACUGGCCGCCGCUUUGGACACAGUGGGUGCGGUUUGUGUGGAUGGGGCGGGAAAUACGGCGGCUGGCUGUAGCUCCGGCGGCAUCCUGCUGAAAGUUCCCGGAAGGGUGGGCCAGGCGGCCACCUAUGGAGCCGGGUGCUGGGCCACCGAUACGGACGAGCUGGCCAUCGCCACCUGCACAACCGGCAACGGGGAGUACCUGAUGAAAACGCUGCUGGCCAGAGAGAUCUGCCACGGGGCCUUCAGUAGCGACUGUGCGGUGACCAGUCUGCAUCGGACAUUCAAGCAAAAGUUCCUCGACUCCCCGCUGCUGCCCCGCCAGCAGGAUCUCUACGCCGGCGCACUGACCCUGCUCUACUAUCCGGGCCAGAGCAGCGGCGAGGUGAUGUGGAGCCACACGACGCAGUCGUUCUGUGUCGGUUACAUGGCGACCAACCAGCGGGUGCCAAAGUUUGUGCAUUCGCCGCUGCCCACGUACAGCGUCCCGGGCCGAUCGUGCGUCGUCAAUGGCCACAAUUUCCAUUUGCGCAUUUAAAUGUGGGCUGGCUGGCCAACUAGCCCAGCCGCCUGGUCCUGCUGCUCCGCAUCUGCAUCGGCAUCUGUAUCUGCAAUUCAUUUGAUUUAAUGUUUAAUUGCCGCGACAAUCGCUGCCAAAGGUGGCAGAAAGCGCCGCGACAGAAUUAUGUAUAUGCUGCUUUCUCUCGGCAAGAAAUAUUAAGAUAAUUAAGCAAGAACUUUUAUUGUAAAUUCUCGUAGAUCGUAAUGUGUGCAGUACUAGUAGCAAUGAAAUAGGAUUUCGAAUAUUGUUCCCCCUCGUCGUUGAACCGGGUGCGCUAGAUAAAUCAGACAGCCAGCCGUUCGGAAUAUCAUAUUCGAGGGGGCAUAUGUUUGUAUAUCCGUCUGUAUAUUUAGACGCGCUGACUUGUGUGCGCAUCUGUGUGUUUAUGUCCAAGUGUUUACGGCCAUCAAUGUACAGAACUUAACCUAUUAAUUUUGAGCGAAACAGAAGCCACAGCAUGCACACACAAUAUCAAGGUCUCUAGUAUCAUGAGUUUAGUUGUCCUCAACAUGAAUAUGUGAACAUUGUGAAAAUGCUUUUACUUUUAGCGUAAACCGAUUUGUACAUACAAACACAGAUAUGACGCGAUUUGUUUUAAUACACAAUACAUUCAUACGUA